CAACAUGUAAACAAGGUCACCCACGUGGCAUAAAUUCAAAAUAAUGUCUUUCAGCAAGAGAGGAAAGAUUGAAAAGCCUACCAGUGAUGCUAAUGAAGAUGAUGCAUUGGAAGGGAAACUUGAAGAUGACCAGAUACAAUGCUCACUACCCUUUUAUCUUGAACACUUAUUCGGUCAAUGUGUAGGUGGGAGCACUCAGUCGCAAAACACCACCAGCUCACUCCCCAAUGAACCAAUUCUUAACUCACAAGGCUUUCUCGUAUCCACCAAGUCUAAUACCUCGAAUACUGUGGCCAAUGCUCCAUCGUUGAUAAGUCUCUCCUCACUGCCUCGUGUUGAGGAGGAUGGUCUAGUUGCAGGAGGGGGUGAGGAAGAUCCGAUGGUAGAGCACUCUCCACUUCUCUUCACUUCACCUGAUCAUAGUGGUACAAUUGAUCACCUUGACACCAAUCAAAGUAACGCCCAAGAUCAGUGGAUUAACUUACAACCUAAUAUUGAACUGGCUAUCAAAAUUGAUGCAACUAUUUCUGAUGUCCCCUGUGUCACAAAAUUAAAUACUACCGAUGAUGUUUGCAACCAGAUAGCAAAUCAAUCCAACACAGCAACUGUGGGUCAGUCAACAAAAUGUGAGAAAACUAAAAGAGGUAGAAAAAGGAAGCUUUCUAGGGGUGGAGAUGAGUACACCUGUCCUCCUCGUGCCACCGCUCUCAAGGAUUGUUCAGGGAAGCAAGGCACUGUCUUUGUGUUGGCUCUAGUGGUGCAAGUUAAUCCAGUGAUGGAUGUGUCUUGCAGAGUGGGAAACAAGGCUGGACAAACUGUUCCCAUGUCUUCGUUGCUAUUGGCAGACCCCACAAAGUCGUACUUCAAGUUAUCGCUCUGGAGACAAGCAGCCGUAUGGGUGGAAAGAAUAUCAGCAGGGGAUGUGAUCUAUUUCAGAAGAAUAAGACUCAAGACGUGGCGUGGCGAGGUGGUUGGCACGACGACAAUGUUCUCCUCAGUGUUAAAUCUCCACCAGCCAAAGAAAUCUCUUCCUCCACAAGUGUCUAGUGAGAUUCCUGAGGAGAGCCUGGACUGCCUCGUGCGCUGGGCACACAAGUUCUUUGGCUACUUGUUUCAAGGCUCGGUACCGAAGUCACGGAGAAUUGUUGAGUUUGUUAGCUCUGACCAACUGUCCAAUCAUUCGCUGGUUCACUUCAGGGCAAGACUGCUUUCAAUGGUCACUGACAAAGUACUAGUCUUGUCAGACGUGCCCGACAAAGAAUUCUGUCUCUAUUUAGUGGGUGUGGACUCUUCACUGUGGUCGCCUCAGUUGAGGGGUGGGCUAGGGAGAGUGUGGGAAUUCACCUACCUAACCUCAUCACCUGACACACUCACUCAGGGUGGCUGUACUUUACACGCUACUUCUCGCUCUCAGCUAAGAGUGUUAGACAAAGACUGCCAAGUCAGCAUGGACAUCUUAAAGCUGUUUCCACUAGAGGGUGAUUGUGGCACUGGACUGGUUACCAAGGGAAUGUCCAUUUCUGACGUACUCCUCGGCAAGUCUUCAGGUGUGUAUCAGUUAAAGGCAAGGGCUGAAAGAGUAGAGUUUAUUGAUGGGGCCAGUCUGAGUUUGGAGAGUGUGUGUGACCUUUCACCUUCAUCUCUGGUGCAGGAAUUGUUUCAGAGCUGUAUCUAUGUUGGCUGUGGUAGCUGCUCCAACUUCCUAUCUCAGGAUGAGAAUGGUGUCUAUCGUCAGUGCAUGCCGUGUCUGCUCUCAAGAGAGCAGCAACCAAGCUUUCUUUACUUUUACAGGAUGCUUGCUGUGACAUUGAGGGACGACUCCGGGUGCAGUGUAGUCAUGGCAACACACGUCGUCAGUCCAAAAGUGAUUGGUAUCAAGCCAAUCGAGAUAGUGCACAUAAGCUUGUCCAAGAAUAAAGAGAAGAUGACUGAUAUGAAGCAAGCUCUGUGCCAGCGCCUGUCCUGUCUCAGAGGUUGUGAGAGUUUGUGGACAAUAUCGCUAGGGGUAACUAAGGACGAGAAUAGCUUUGUACAUUCAAUAGCAAUCAGCCUCUUGGACUGGUCAUGUGACAUCCAUGCAAUCACUUAACAUUCUUUCUUAUUGUACAUACUUUCAUAUAAAAUGUUGCAUCCAAGAGAUCACUUUUAAUUUCUGUUCACAAACAAA